GCUGUCUCCACUUCGCGCGUCCGAGUAUUUUGGAUUUUACUGAGUGUAAUUUAACAUGAUCUGAUUUACCGUGUGCGCAAUGAAUGUCACAUGGGGUUUGCUGACGGCUUUGAGUCUGGUGUGCCACACCGAGUCCAAGUGCUCGCCGACGUCCUAUUAUAAAAACUGCUGGAUCCGACGCUUCCCGGGUGUUUUCAUCGAUAUGGAGGAAUCUCAGAGGAGAGGAGCGCAGCUUUUGAAGCAUUACCAGGAGGAGACUGCGCUGAAAUGCAGCCGAACCUGCUGCCUUACGAGAAACUUUUCUUGUAAUUUGGCCAUAUUUCACUAUGAUACCACUCAAGAAAACGUCAACUGCUUCCACCUGCACUGUCCAACACUGGAGAGCUGCAUCCUUGGUCACAGAGGCAAUGUUGUUCUCUACAAUAUCACAAAGGGUGUGGAUCCUGACCUGCUGGUGUUUGGAAAAUACUUCACAUCCAAUGUGCGUGUAUUACCCCACCACUACAGUCGAGUCAAUGCCUCAGAGCCACUGCCCUCAGACAAGCGCCAGUUCAUCCACCCGCCUCCACCUGCUUCCCUGCCUCUGACUUCAGCCCCCACAGUAAAACUCCCCAUCCCAGUAAGCAGAGUGCUCACCACCGUUGCUGCCACUACGCUGCAGAGCACCGGUCAGCCUACAACACUUCACACAACUACAGCCACAUUCUCUUCCACUUCAGCUGCUCCUGUAACAGUCUUUAAGAAACAUGCACAAACAAUAACCCCAACCACCUUCUUUAAUUCUCCCACACACAGCAUUACUCCUCCUCCUCCAUCAACCACAGUUAGCUAUUACAGUGUGCAGACCACUCCUGGCUUUUCUAUCACAUCUGCACAGCACUCCACAUCCACCUCUACCCAUCAUCACGCCACUACCUUUCCUCAGUCAGCCACCAGCCCUCCAACUACCACAGCAGUUAUGGGCCACGUAGAGAGCAGUAAGCAGCACCCCGAUGCUACCAAAGGCAGCCUGGGGAGGAACCACACUGCAGGCAGCAGAGAGAACACCACAGAGGGGUUGGAACCCGGAUGGCACACAGCCACACACACCUUGUUGGUUGCAGUGUCCAUCUGUAUCACGGUACUACUGAGUUGCUGUUGCUCCAUUCUGCUGGUUGUGAGCUGGAGGGGUCAGAGGAAGAGGAUGGGAUGCUACCGGACAUCACGGACAGGGAAAAGAGGCUCCAUGCGUCUGAUUAAGUAUGUGCUGGUCAGAGACAGUUUGUGAAAGAUGGGCUGGAACUGAUAUUUCUUUUGAAACUGCAAUUUUUUUAUGAUGGAAUCUAGAAAGAAGAGAAUUUUGUCCAUUACAUUUUUUUUUAAAUCCUUUCACAGACUCCAUUAUUCAUAUAGCAAGGAUGCAGCUUCAUAUUGCUUUAAGGUCAUGUCGUAGUUACUGUCAGGUGAUGCAGUGAGGCUGAAGCGAUAUUUGAGCAGGCAACACUGUGUUAUUAUCAAAAACAUAUUUGACACAAGCUUGAUUUCAAUUAUGACACAAUGAUUUUAAACAGAAGACCCAAAUUCAGCCAGACCACAGCAGUUUGCCUCAAGAAAAUCAUUUUGGCUGAACUACAUUUUACCAAACCUUAAAGAUAUUUGCUUGCUGUCUACACUGGGCUGAAGAUGGCCUGCUAUUUGCCUUGUGACCUGCAGUGACUUUCCUGUAGUCCUGCAUGUCUCAUCAGUGCAUUGGGUUCCUCCCAGCCAAGAAGUGCAGGAACCAAUACUCUUUAAGAGGGUGAGGUACUUUUCAACAUCCUGCUACAGAAAGCAUCCUUUCAGCUAGGGUCCUGCUCCUUG